CCCAUUCUUUCACUUUCAGAGACCUUCACAUUCACUCUCACAUGCUCACCCAGCUCCUCUCAUUUUUUCAAAUAAACAAAACCCCUCAAAAUAUAUAUGGGGACGGGGAACACAAGCAACAACAGCAACAUCUUCAUUAUCUGAAACUUCACUGACAUUCCGCAGAUCUUAGCAGACUUGGCUUCUUUACGUUGUUUAGGAAUCUGAACCCGGAACCCAAUCGCUGUUCCCACAUUCAUUACUGGCUUCAAAUCUGAUCCCUUUGUUGGUUUCGGACUCCAGUCAAAGGUAAACAAUCCGUGUUCUGUAUUGUGCUAGCAGAGUUUGAAAUUCACACAUUGACAUGGAGAAAAGAAAAUGGUUAUGGAAGAGAAAAUCUUCUGAGAAAAGCCCAGGGGAAACUGAAAGUUCGGGAUCAUUGUCUUCGCCUUCUGAGAGAUACUCCGAUGAUCAGGAAGCACUAAAGGCAUCACCAAAUCACAACCCUCAAUCACCAGAAGUCACGUCAAAGGCUGUUGUCACUAGUGACGAAAUUAAUGACAGUGUUAAGAGCUUGACUGAGAAGUUAUCAGCUGCUCUAGUAAAUGUUAGUGCCAAAGAAGACCUUGUUAAGCAGCACGCUAAAGUUGCUGAAGAAGCUGUUGCAGGUUGGGAAAAGGCAGAAAAUGAAGUGGCAGCUCUGAAGAAACAACUAGACACAGCACUUCAGCAGAACUUGGCACUGGAAGAUCGGGUGAGCCAUCUUGAUGGAGCUCUCAAAGAAUGUGUAAGGCAACUGAGACAAGCAAGAGAUGAGCAAGAGAAAAAGAUUCAAGAAGCUGUUGCAGAUAAAACCCGUGAUUUUGAAUUCACAAAAGUUGAGCUUGAAAGCCAGCUUCUUCAUUUCCAGACUCAAGCAGAAUCUGCCCAAGCUGAAUCUCGGAAUUCCAAUCUUCACAUCAAGAUUGAAUCAUUGGAGAAGGAGAAUUCGGCUCUCAAGCUUGAGCUCCUUUUGCGCUUUGAGGAGUUGGAAAUCAGGACUAUUGAGAGAGACUUGAGUGCCCAAGCAGCGGAAACCGCUAGCAAACAGCAUUUAGAGAGCAUUAAGAAAGUGGCCAAGCUAGAGGCUGAAUGCAGAAGGCUUCAAGCCAGGGCUCGAAAAUCCUCUCCAGCUAACAGUCAGAAACCUCCUGUUGCUCCCUCAGUUUACACAGAAUCACUCACAGACAGUCAAUCAGACAGUGGGGAGCAACUAAAUGUGCUAGAGGUUGAUUCUCGAAAGAUGAGUAGAUCGGUACAGAAUUCAUGUGAACCAAGCUGCUCAAGCUCAUGGGCAUCCGCUCUACUUACUGAGCUGGGUCAAUUUGAUAAUGGAAAAUCCCUUAGAAGAAGUAUUACCGGUGGUUCUCUUCUUGAGAUUGACAUCAUGGACGAUUUUCUGGAAAUGGAGCGACUUGCUGCCCUGCCUGAGACAGAGACUAACAGUCAUCCUCCAGAAUCAGAUGCCAACGCCAAUCAAUCUAUGAAUGGAGAAAACCCACUUAGGGCUGAACUAGAAGCAAUGGCUCAUCUGGUGGAGGAAUUGGAAGAGAAGUUAAAGAAAGUUGAAGCAGAGAAAGCUGAAUUGGAGAAAGCCAUAGUUGCAAGGCAGGACUCAUAUGAGGCAUCUCAAGUUCAGCUGAACGAGGCUGAGAUGAGGUUGGAGGAGCUGCAGAAGGAACUAAAUGUAGUAAAGGAAUCGAAGGAACUACUCGAGUUUCAACUUAUUGGUACGGAAGCAGAGGCACGAACUACGGCUGCAAUGGUCGAUUCACUAAAAGAAGAGGUUGAGAAGGAGCAGGGUUUGUCAGCAGACUUGAGAAACAAGUAUCAAGAAUUGCAGGACGAGGUAACAAGAAAAUCUCAAGAGGUCGAACUUCAGCAAAGUGCCAGUUCAGACAGCAAACCAAAAAUAAAGCAGGAGGACCUAGAGGUAGCUGCUGGAAAACUUGCAGAGUGCCAAAAAACGAUAGCCUCUCUGGGGAGGCAGCUUCAAUCUCUUGCAACGCUGGAAGAUUUCCUGAUCGACACUGCAAGCCUGCCGGGUUUCUCUGGAGGAGGAUCACUGGCUCCGGUGGCUGGCGAGGAAGUAGGGAAGUUGCGUUCCAAUGAAACAUUUAUGUCUAAAUGCAACAACUCUUCUCCUCCAAAGGCGCCUGAGAAUGUGGGUCCUUCAGUGAAUGGGAAAGACGGGGAAUCAUCAGCUUCUUCUUCGUCAAGUUCAUCCUCCGUGUCACAAAACCAUGGCAGCUCUUCUAGGAGACGAAAUGGAUUUGAAAGGCUGUUCUCGCACAGUAAGAAGAGUGGAGUUCACUAAGCAAGCAUAGAAGACAAAAGAGUUUUUCUUCUUUCUUUUUGUCUUAUGUCGGGUGGGGGGGCAUGGAAAAGUUUUCAUUUGUAAACGACUGGAUUCCAUGUUUGAUCAUCAUUUCAUUUGAGUGAACUGCUGAUUAAAUGCUGUUUAAUCGGCAGUUAUAUA